GCGCCGCUGCUGCCGGACGGACCAACAUGGCGGACCCCUGCUCCUUCUGCUCCUUCACCAGCUGCGUCACCAAGCACCUCAACCUGCUGCUGCGCGUGGACUUCGACAGACACGUGAUCAGCGGGAGGGUCGCGCUCACCGUGGAGGCUCUGGAGGACCGGUUCUCCGCUCUGACGUUGGACACCAAAGACCUGAAGAUCGUGUCGGUGUCGGCCAACGGUCAGCCGGCUCGCUUCAGCCUGGGCCAAAAGCACAGCUUCAAGGGGACGCCGCUGGACAUCACGCUGCCCUUCGACCUGUCCAGAGGGCAGCACGUGAUCGUGGAGGUGAACUAUGAGACGUCUCCGUCGGCGUCGGCGCUGCAGUGGCUCACGCCUGAGCAGACCGCCGGCAAGAAGCAGCCGUACCUGUUCAGCCAGUGUCAGGCUCAUCACUGCAGGAGCAUGCUGCCCUGUCAGGACAGCCCGUCCAUCAAACACACCUACUACGCUCAGGUGUCUGUCCCCAAGGACCUGGUGGCGGUGAUGAGUGCGGUGAGAGACGGACACGAGGUCGACCCUCAGGACAGCGGUCGAAUUAUCUACAGGUUCAGGCAGCCGGUGUCCAUGCCGUCCUACCUGAUAGCCAUCGUGGUCGGAGCUCUGGAGAGCAGGGAGAUCGGCCCGAGGUCCAGAGUCUGGUCGGAGAAGGAGCUGGUGGACAAAGCGGCGUUUGAGUUCUCCGAGACGGAGACGAUGCUGAAGACGGCCGAGGAGCUCGCUGGACCGUAUGUUUGGGGUCAGUACGACAUCCUGGUUCUUCCCCCAUCGUUCCCGUACGGCGGCAUGGAGAACCCCUGCCUGACCUUCGCCACGCCCACCCUGCUGGCUGGAGACAAGUCUCUGUCUAACGUGAUCGCCCACGAGAUCUCUCACAGCUGGACCGGGAACCUGGUGACCAACAAGACCUGGGAACACUUCUGGCUGAACGAGGGUCACACGGUUUACCUGGAGAGGAUGAUCGGCAGGUGUAUGGAGAGCGAACAGUUCAGGCAGUUUAAAGCCAUGGGCGGCUGGAAGGACCUGCAGGACUCGGUGAACACAUUCGGAGCCAACAACCCUCUGACCAACCUGGUCCCCAGUCUGCAGGACGUCGACCCCGACGAUGCCUUUUCCUCGGUGCCCUACGAGAAGGGCUUCGCUCUGCUGUACCACCUGGAGGAGCUGAUGGGAGGACCAGAGGUGUUCAUGGGCUUCGUGAAGUCGUACAUCCAGCUGUUCGCCUACAGCAGCGUCACCACAGACGAGUGGAAGAACUACCUGUUCACCUACUUCAAAGACAAGGUGGACGUCCUGAACAAGGUGGACUGGAACGCCUGGAUGUUCACUCCUGGGAUGCCUCCUGUCAAACCUCAGUAUGACACCACGCUGGCUGACGCCUGCAUCGCUCUGAGUCAGAAGUGGCUCAAGGCCAAAGACCAGGACCUGAACGGCUUCAAGGAGUCGGACGUGAAGACGCUGUCGUCCCACCAGGUCAUCGAGUUCCUGUCGCUCCUGCUGCAUGAGGUACGGUGCUCCCCACAGUCCACUUCAGCUCCCCACGGGAGCGCUCCCUCUGACUCACGUGAAGAAGAUGCAGGAGGUUUACGACCUCAACGCCUGCAUGAACGCCGAGAUCCGCUUCAGGUGGCUGAGGCUGUGCGUCCGGUCCAAGUGGGAGGAAGCGGUUCCCCUGGCGCUGAAGAUGGCGACCGAGCAGGGCAGGAUGAAGUUCACGCGACCGCUCCUCAAGGAAGUUUUCAACUUUGAAAAGUAUCGUAACGAAGCCGUCAAAGUGUUUCUGGCUCAUCGAGCGGCGAUGCACCCGGUCACCGCCGGACUGGUCGCCAAAGACCUGAAGAU